GGGGGAUAUUUUGUGAUUACUGAUUGCUCCCACCUCCCACCAACUAAUUUUCUGUUUUGGUGUUUCAAGCGAGUUUGAUUUGUGAAGUGUUUUAGAAUAUUAAAAAAGUGUUGUUUAGUGUUUGAAAUAAUUCCCGAUGAAAAAUAUCACGCGACAAUGUCGAAAGUGAAGAACACCUUUGACUGGAAGAAGCGAGUUAAGCAGGAGUAUUUACGACUAAGGCAGCAGAAAAGGUACAAAAGAGCUGACGAUGUUAAAGUGGCAUGGAACAGGAAUAAGGAACAGAUGACAGACAUCCUCAUAUCAGAACAGAAAAGAUGGACGGAUGGCAAAGCAUGUUGGGUGCAAAAUCCCGACCUUUCAGCUCAUGCAACGUGUAUGAAGAAAGCGGAAGUGAUUGGAAAUGAAGGAGAUAUUCAGGUGGCGUCGAUCAAAAUCAUCAACGCAGUCACACCCAUUCCGACAAUGUACACCUGGGCCCCAAUUCAGCAGAAUUUUAUGGUGGAAGAUGAGACUGUUUUACACAACAUUCCAUAUAUGGGUGAUGAGAUACUAGAUCAGGAUGGAACAUUUAUCGAAGAGCUGAUAAAGAACUACGAUGGCAAAGUUCAUGGCGAUCAAGAGUCGGGCUUUAUCGACGAUGAACUGUUCAUCGAGUUGGUUCACGCGUUAAUGCAGUUUCAGGAGAAACCCGAAGAAAAAAAGGUGGAGAAAAAGAAGGAAGAGAAGGACUUGGAAAGGGACGAUUUGCCUAACGAUGAAGACGAUAAGCAAAAGAGCGACUUGGAGUUCCCGUCCAUUGUGAUUUUCCAGGCCAUCUCUAGCCAAUUCCCUGACAAAGGCGGCUCUGAAGAGCUAAGGGACAAGUAUAUUGAAUUAACCGAACGAACUGACCCGAGUUCUCCUCCAGAAUGCACCCCUAAUAUAGAUGGUGCGUGUGCAGCCUCAGUGCCACGAGAGCAAACGAUGCAUUCCUUCCACACCCUUUUCUGUCGAAGAUGCUUCAAGUACGAUUGCUUCUUGCACCGUUUACAAGCCUGCCAUCCUGGCCCCAAUUUGCAAAAGCGACGAGGACCCGAUCUGAAGCCUUUCUGCGAGCCCUGCGGGCCCGACUGUUAUAUACAUUUGGAGGACGUGAAAGAGAAAAUGGCUGCAAAGGCGAAGCAAGAGGAGGAAACUGAACGGGUGGAGAAGGAAAAGGAGCAGGAACGCGACAAAAAGCGCAAAUCACUGGUGGAUUUGGUCGAGCCGCGAGUUGCUGCAAGUUCAAACAGUACUAAUCCUAGAAAAAUCUGCAAGCAAACUAGCGUCGACUCUGGAAACGAGGCCAGCUCCGAAGACAGCAACGACAGUAAUAAAGAUUGCGAUAAUGGCGAUCCGGUAUCGACCACCACGUCCUUCAGUUUAUUGGGUCUGAUGGGCGCUAACGAUCACAACGAGUGGACUGGGUCCGACGAGAGUUUGUUUAGAGCUUUGCACAAAGUAUUUUUGAACAACUAUUGCGCCAUUGCGCAAAUCAUCCUCACCAAGACCUGCCAGCAGGUUUAUCAGUUUGCGAAGAAAGAAGCCGCUGAUAUCCCCGCAGAAGAAACCAUGCGAGACUACACGCCUCCGCGGAAGAAAAAGAAGAAGCACCGACUUUGGUCCAUGCACUGUCGCAAGAUACAGCUGAAGAAGGAUUCCAGCAGCAAUCACGUGUAUAAUUUCACGCCGUGCGACCAUCCAGGGCAGAACUGCGACAAUAACUGUCCCUGCAUUGGAGCGCAGAAUUUUUGCGAGAAGUUUUGCCAGUGCAGUUCCGAUUGUCAAAAUCGGUUCCCUGGAUGCCGAUGUAAAGCCCAGUGCAACACCAAACAGUGCCCCUGCUAUUUAGCCGUAAGGGAGUGCGAUCCUGAUCUAUGCCAAACGUGUGGGGCCGAUCAGUUCGAUAUUACGAAAAUCACCUGCAAAAACGUUAGCGUCCAGCGCGGAUUGCACAAGCAUCUUUUGAUGGCCCCCUCCGACGUGGCAGGCUGGGGCAUUUUCCUCAAAGACAGCGCCCAAAAGAACGAAUUUAUAUCGGAAUAUUGCGGCGAAAUCAUCUCGCAAGACGAGGCCGACCGCAGAGGAAAGGUGUAUGAUAAAUACAUGUGUUCAUUUCUGUUUAAUUUAAACAACGACUUUGUGGUGGACGCCACCCGAAAGGGGAACAAAAUCCGAUUUGCCAAUCACUCAAUCAAUCCGAACUGUUAUGCCAAGGUGAUGAUGGUCAAUGGCGAUCACAGGAUUGGCAUUUUCGCCAAAAGAGCCAUUCAACCCGGCGAAGAACUUUUCUUUGACUACAGAUAUGGACCAACUGAACAGCUUAAGUUUGUCGGCAUUGAAAGGGAAAUGGAGUUUCUAUAAGCGCAUCAACUAAGUUUCUGUUGGAGGUCUUUAGCCUUGCACAUACGCGAAUGAUUAGUGAAUAAGGCGGAUUACAUCAGCUAUACAGGUUCUCCUGUUUGUUUUUUAAACGGACUUGUAUUAGCAUGUAUUUUCCAUAUUAACUCAACCUAAAACUUGAAUACCGGGUUUUAAGUAGAUACUAAUGAAAGUUUAGCUGUAAUUUGCUAUCACAAUCAGUUUACAGUUGGCUAAGUUUAAUUUUAUUUUUGUACAUUUUCAAUAAUUCUAAUUUUUUUGCUGUCGUGCUGAAAAUUGUGUUUUUGAAUAAAAUAAAUAAUGCUUUUAAA